CGGCAUACCGAACGCCCUCUUCCUCAAUCGACUAUCGAUACCGCCGAUAAUCGGUUUACCAAUUACCGUCGGUUACCGAUUCGAUAAAACGAUAAACCGAUUACCGGCUAACCGUUUGCCACCCAUAAUAGGACUAAUUUGAUAGCAUGCAACACCCACAUUUUAAAUUCUACCUAUUGAUCCCUUCCCAAGCCUACCCAUUUGCAGCACAACCCUCCAUUUCCGUCCCCUCUGUUUUAUUGUACACCCGCCCUUCCAAACUCUGCAUUUACCACUGAGUUUAACUAGACACACCUGGUCCUCCUCAGUCCUCCCCUGUCAAAGGCCAAGAAUCCAGAUUAAUCACACACACCUUCCUCCCAACCCCACUGCCAUUCAUAAAUCAUAAUCAUUCAUCUUUUCUCUCCUUUCCCUUUGUGGGUUCCAUUUCCCUUUCCCCAAAACUUCCCCCUUUAUAUCAAACCUUCCACGCACCCUCUUUACUCUGCAUCUCUACCCUUCAAAAUCUCACUAUCCCCAAUUACUCACUCCUCCUUCAGUGCUCUCUCUCUCUCUUCACCCACAAGACCCAUUUCACCAUUACUCUCACAAAGAUGAAGAGAAUGGAGUUCCUCUGCAGCUCCCCUUCUUCCACCGCCAUCUGCUCCAGCCUCGACCACCGCUCCAUGGUCCGCCACUCCACCGCCACUUCUUCUAAGCAGCCCAUUUUCGGGACCUGCUCUUCUCACGAAUUCUUCCCCGUCAAUCCCAGCAAGCAGCGGCGGAGCACCUCCGUCGUGCUCUCCGACCUGUACAAACACCCUUCCUCUGUUUCCGACAGUAAAAAACAGAGCACCCCUUUCGAUUCCCGCAGAAGGACCUCCUCCGCGGACCCCCGCGAUCUUCUUCUCCAGCUCCGCCGCCGGCAGCAGCACAUCCGCUUAGGUUCUUCUACUCAUCUCCUGAGCAGCGACGAUCGAACCGGCGCGCCGCCCGAUUGGGUUUCCGACUCUGCUCCGGUUCCUAAUCCCGAUCGCAAUCAAAUGUGGCCGAAUCGGCCGAAGGAGACGACCUCCGCUGGCGGCUAUGUCCCCGUUACCGAACGUGGACAUCGCCAUUCCUCUGUUUCCGAGCUGGCUCGCUCCGACGACCCUGUUUUUUCCGAUUCGGGUCGUUUCUCCGGGAUGGUUGUCGCUACUACUCGGCACUCGAAACCGAAUCGCAGCGAAUCGAGCGAUGAGAUAACGUCAGAUAAACACGUCGUCUCCGCUGUUGCUCCGGCGCAAGCCAGGACACCUCGGCGUGUAAGCUUCCAGGACUGUCCUCCGGUUCUGAAAUCAUCUUCCUCCGCUCGCUCACAUGACCAGGUGGUGGUUUUGAGGGUGUCGAUUCAUUGCAAGGGAUGCGAAGGGAAAGUGAGGAAACAUAUCUCCAAAAUGGAAGGGGUGACGUCGUUCAGCAUCGAUUUAGCGACCAAGCAGGUGAUCGUGAAAGGGAAGGUGACCCCUCUGGGCGUACUGGCAAGCAUCUCCAAGGUUAAGACUGCACAGCUUUGGGCGACUUCUUCGUCCCUUCUUCACCCUACGCCGUCCACGUCAGCACCGCCGCCGCCAGCAGCAGCAGCUCCAAGGUGGUCAACCUGAAGAUGGGUUUUUAGGUAUUAGAUGGUAGAUGAUUAAUUAUGAUGUUGUUAGUUGCGUUAGUUAAUUAACUGAUGGGUGAAGGUACGAUGUUACUUAGGUUUUGUGCAAUAAGUUGUUUGAUCAAUGUGUGGUGCGUUCAAGUUAAAGCAGGGUUCAUUUUCAUCAUUGUUUUGAUUUAAGCUCACGUUACUAUAUAUAUCCGCGGUUCAACAAACUUCGUUCAUGUUCAAAUCGAUGUCUAGUAAAGUUUGAUUCGAAUUGAUUUAAUAAAAAUCGGGAAUAGACGACGGGGGUG